GCAGUUGAGGUCGGCCCGGAGGCUGCACGAGGCCCGCUUCCCCGCAGAAGGCUGGCACAUCUCGAGGCGAUGCGGAGCUUCCAGAGCCUCGCUGCCCUGGCCGCGGCGGCGCUCCCCUCGGGGUGCCGUGCGCACUGGCGCCUGACGAAGCCGGUGCCGCGGUCGGGGGGGGUCUACGAGAACGACCCGCUGCCGCCCGGGGCGAACACGCAGGAGCAGUGGGUCUGCCGGCACGCGCAGCCGAACCCGGCCGUGCAGCGCCCGACCCUCGUGGCCGGCAGCACCACCGGCAUCGUCUACGGCACGGGGGCCGUCGGCCACGCCGGGGACUGUGCGGUCUACGUCUCCUACGACCUGGGCAGGCCGCGGGCUGCCAUGCGGUGGGUGAAGAUCGCCAACCUGCCCGACUGCAGGAGCCAGAUCAACCAGAACGUCCCCAUCGCCGUGCCCGCCGAGCUGCCCGCGGGCAACGCCGUCCUCCGCUGGGACCAGUACGCGCUCCACCAGGUCGCGAACGUCCCUCCCUUUCUCGAGUGGUUCAUCCAGUGCGCCGACGUCACCAUCGCCUCCUCGUCGACGCGCAGCUGGGAGACCUUCAACACCUUCAGCAUCAUCGACAACAGCGGAACGCCUGCCUACCCCUCCAGCGUCAGCAGCUACCGCAGCCCCUACGUGCCCGGCCAGUCGGCCCCUGGGGAGCCUGGCUUCUGGAUGACGGGCCCGGCCUGCGUCAACGCCUCGCUGAACCAGUGCGCCCUGACCGCCGUCGGCACCAAGGGGUACACGGGCUUCGGGGGCGAGGGCGCCCCCGCGGCCUCGCCCGCGCCCGCCGCCCCCGCCCCGUCGCCAGCGCCGGCCGGGACCGCUCCAGCGCCGGCGGCCCCUGCGCCGUACCCGGCCGCGCCCAGCCCCGCGCCGCUGCCGCCGGCAGGCGACGCCAUGUGCUGCUACGACGCGGGCUGCGCUGGGUACGGCACCUCCCUCUGCAGCGGGGCAGGCACGUGGUGCUCUGGGUCGGGGGAGGCCUGCCAGAGCUGCGGGGGCUCGCUGUGCGCCGACCCGGCGGGCGCCGCCCUGGCGCCGCCCUCGCCGGCAGCGGCGCCCUCGCCGGCGGCGGCGCCCUCGACGGCGCCGUCGCCGGCGGCCGCGGAGGGGGCCCAGUGCUGCUACGCGGGGGGGUGCGCCUCCUACGGCACGAGGAACAAGAAAUGA